UGUCCUAAACCGAACAAAAAAGUCCACAUAGAGAGAGAAGAAGAGAGGGAGAGAGAGGGAGGGGAUUAUAAUUUCUUGGAGCUUUGGAUUCUUCCUUUCCAAGAGAAAAUCAAGGGGACCCUUUUCGGUUUUUUCUUUUGUCUGAAUUGUGGAGAUGCAGUGUGGUGUUGAUGACUUGUGGGCUCGUUCAUUGCUUUUUACCCGCAAAAAGUUGUCAAGUUUAAUGAAGCGCUAUGAGAAUCAAGAAUUGGAUAAAUAAGUGGGGAUUUGACAUUCGAGGGAGGCUGGAGAAGAUGAUGAAGUGCAUUCGUUCAGGUGAGCGGUUAAAGGUAGAGGACUUGAAUUCUUCAUCCGAGUCCCUGGCUACUCGAGACUAUUCAGUAAGUGGUUUUUCUUCUCGAGCUGGCGAAGUGGAAACAAAGGUCGACAACGGCAAUAUUGAAGAAGCAGAGUCGUCUCUUCGUGAGAGUGGUUACCUGAACUAUGAGGAAGCUAGAGCUUUAUUGGGAAGGCUCGAAUAUCAGAGAGGUAAUGUGGAAGGUGCUCUUCAGGUAUUUGAGGGAAUUGACAUUGCUGCUGUGACUUCGAGGAUGAAAUUUUCCCUUUCUAGAAGAUGUGAACAAAACAAACGUCGUUCUCAAAGUGAUGCUGCUCCACUCAUGUCUAUGCAUGCUAUCUGUUUACUUCUCGAGGCUAUUUUUCUAAAAUCAAAAUCAUUGCAGGGUCUCGGGAGGUUUAUAGAUGCUGCUCAAUCAUGCAAAGUAAUUUUGGACACUGUUGAAUCAGCAUUACCAGAUGGUCUUCCUGAUAACUUCUCCACAGAUAAUAAAUUACAGGAGAUUCUAAGCAAAGCUGUUGAAUUGCUUCCAGAAUUAUGGAAGCUUGCCGGAUCUCCCCAAGAAGUCAUAUUAUCAUACAGGCAGGCCCUUCUUUAUUAUUGGAAUCUUGACACUGCAACUAAAGCAACUCUCGAGAAGGAAUUUGCAGUUUUUCUUUUGUACAGUGGAGCUGAUGCGAGUCCUCCGAAUCUAGGCUCGCAGAUGGAAGGUUCAUUCGUGCCAAGGAACAACAUAGAAGAGGCUAUUCUCUUGUUAUUGAUACUACUUAGAAAAUUUGCUCUCAAAAGGAUCCGAUGGGACCCGUCAAUCAUAGAUCACCUUACAUUUGCUCUAUCAAUUUCAGGGGAUUUAAGGCUAUUAGCUCAUCAGAUAGAGGAGUUACUUCCUGGAAUUUUGGAAAGGAAGGAAAAAUACUGCACCAUGGCUCUCGCUCAUUAUGGUGAAGGUGAUAACAUGGUUGCCUUGAAUCUUCUUAGGAAUUUGUUAAACAACAGAGAGAAUCCAGGCUGCAUUCUAGAAUUAUUGACGGCUUCAAAAAUUUGUGGGGAAAACGUGAUUUAUGUUGAAGAAGGCAUAAAUUAUGUUUGUAAAGCGCUCGAGGAAUUGCAUGGGAAAUGUGCACAGAUGGUGAGCAUUGGACACUGCUUUCUGGGACUGUUACGGUCAGCCCAAGCUAGGUCGGCUGCUUCUGAUUCCGAGAGGACGUUGAAGCAAUCUGAAGCGCUUGAGGCACUAGAAAUUGGAGAUAAAAAAAUGAGGGAAAGAGAUCCAUAUAUUAUACACCAUCUUUGUCUGGAAAAUGCUGAGCAGAGGAAAUUGGAUGCCGCACUUUAUUAUGCAAAGCAGCUUUUGAAACUUGAGGCGGGAUCUACUGUUAAAGGAUAUAUCCUUUUGGCUCGCAUAUUGUCUGCCCAAAAGCAGUUUGUUAAUGCUGCGAAUGUAAUUAAUGCUGCUUUAGAUCAAACUGGGAAAUGGGACCAAGGAGAACUCUUGCAAACUAAAGCUAAGCUCCAGAUUGCACAAGGUCAAUUAAAAAAUGCUGUAGAAACAUAUACUCAUCUUCUUGCUAUUCUUCAAGUUCGGGCUAAAAGCUUGGGUGCAGCGAAGAAGCUUCUAAAGAAUAGGGGAAAACAUGAUAGAAGUCUGGAAAUGGAAACAUGGCAUGAUUUAUCUAACGUAUACAUAAGCUUGUCUCAACUGCGGGAUGCUGAGGUCUGUCUUUUGAAGUCUGAGGCCAUCAAUCCUCAUUCGGCUUCUAGAUGGCACUCUACUGGAUUGCUUAAUGAAGCAAAGGGCUUCCACCAAGAAGCUCUAAACUCGUUCAGAAAGGCGUUAGAUGUUGAACCUACGCAUGUCCCAAGCUUGAUAUCCACUGCUUGCAUCCUCAGAAAGCUUGGCGGCCAGUCUACGCCUGUCAUUAGAGGCUUCCUCACUGAUGCACUACGAUUCGACAGAACAAAUUCCUCUGCAUGGUACAAUCUUGGCCUUCUGUACAAGGCUGAUGCUAGUGUCUCGGUACUGGAAACAGCCGAAUGCUUCGAAGCAGCAGCUCUCCUUGAAGAAUCUACACCCGUUGAGCCUUUCAGAUGAUCAAGUUUGAUUUAAGCGCGGGACAUUAAUCAAUAAUCUACAGAGUGACAUAACAUAGACUGAUGAUACCAAGAGUCGUCAAGGCAAAGAGAUAAUAGAGGGGAGGAGUCCAUUUGUCAUUUACUCUGUGGGUGUAAGUAAUAUAUUUUUGUAAACAGGCCUCUAUAGAACAAACAUAUUCCUUUGGUUUUUGUUACUGGUUUGGCAAUUUUCAGAGACCGUAAAGUGUGUAACUAAAGCAACAAAUCGUUUCUUCUUAGCCCUAAUUAUUAUACAUUGAAAGCAAAAUUCCUUUUC